UUCUUCUUCUUCUUCUUCUUCUUCAUCAUCAUCUUCUUCUUCUUCUUCUUCUUCUUCGUCUUCUUCUCCUCCUGCUCCUCCUGCUCCUUCUUCUUCUACUUCUUCUUCCUACCAAUAAUGAAUGUCCUUGGUAAAGGUGCGAGGGAUACUCGUCGGAAAAGCUUAGAGAAGUCUCUUCGUCAGUACUCAAAUUCAUUUUUGGUGCCGAGGUUGUUGAAAUUUUUUUUUUUCAGUACUUAUUUAAUCUACUGAGUGUCACUGAGGGACUGAGUGAGCAGUGACAGCGGCUAAGCGGUACAGCAAACUAUAAAAAAUCACAUGCGACGAACAUCCCUUUAAUUCUGUUUGGAAACCCCCUCUUUCUGGGGUCUUUCAGUUCGUCAGCAAAAAGAACCCCUACGUAUAAGCUAUCUGAAAUACAGUAGAUCGUUUGAAAUUUAUUUUGUAGCUGAGCAGCAGACUACCAGAAAAAGAGCUUGAAUCUCUUUCUAUGGCUGAUGGUCACGCGUGUCUUGGCGAGAGUUUACUCUACUCUGGUGAGUCUGAAAAAGCACGGAGUCAUUUAGAGACUGCACAAUCCUUGUUUAAGAAUUACAAGGGCCCAGAGAAUGUGCGGCUAGACUUGGCCAAUGUGUUGCAUUUUCUUGGAGAGGCUUGCAGUAACAGUCAUCUGGGAAACCCUCAGACAGGCGAAAGAUACCUAAGAAAGGCUUUGAAAGAAAAACUGGAGUUGUUCGAUGGCAGAGCACAUCCACAAGUUGCGUUCACUCUGCAAAGUCUUGGAAACGUUUUGAACGAGCUUGGAAAACAAUCUGAAGCGAUUAAUCACAUCAAGAGAGCUCUCGAGAUAUACGAUGAAACUGGGAACUACGAACAAGAGUAUGGGUAUACCCUAAGUGCUUUGGGGUCUUCAUACCGUUACCUUGGUCAGUACACUCAAGCAGAAGACUGCCUAAAGAAGGCUCUGAAGAUCUUCAGAUCCGUCCAUUCACCAAGCAAGCUCAGGAUUGGUUUGACGCUCAGCCGCCUUUCCUCAGUUCAACGAAACAUGGACAAACUGGACGAGAGCAUUCAUUCUUUGAACGAAGCACUAAACAUGUUUGGAUACAACGACAUAUACAGAGCCGUGAUCUUAUCAAAGCUGAGUGUGGUGUAUCGCUAUAAGGGAGAUUCUAAACAAAGUCUUCGCUAUGCAGAGAAGGUUAAAGAAAUUUCAGACGGGCAGCAUGACACAAAACGUCAUCCAGCUAUUGCUACUGCAUUAUUGAAUCUUGGGCAUGCUCAAAGUGACAUUGGGUAUGUGGAGGAUGCAGUAAAGAAUCUCACCAAGGCGAUGGAAAUUUACGUUGCACUCCACGGUAAAAAUCAUCGAAUUGUUGCUGCCAACCUUAACUACUUGGGGUAUGCAUAUCUGCAAAUGGGAAUGGUAGAAACGGGAAAGAAACAGCUGGAAAGGGCAGUGGAGAUUUUUGGACAGGAUUCGCCAUUACAUCCAGAGAGAGCCAAUUCACUGAAGAGGCUCAGCAAGGCAUGCUUGAUCAUCGGGGAGACUGUCAAAAGUGCUGAUUUAGCCUUCAGCGCAUUGCAGAGUUACAAGGACACUUAUGAAAACACCAUGGAACACAGAGAGGUGCGAAAAUGUACCGUGAGGGUUGCGUACGCGUGCUCUAAGAUGGGUCUUUUUGAUGCGGCAAAAGAAUAUCUCAGGGAAGUAGAACUUUGCUUCCCCAAAGAAAAAGUAACACAUCCCGAGUUUGCUGCAUUUCUUCGAAAGAAAACUGAAAUUACUCUUGACAGUUUCGAGUCAGUCAGAUGGCCUUCAGAUGAGCUGAACGUUCAAAAGAUAUUGUCGAAAGCAGACACGGAUCUUGUCAGAGCAGAAGAAAUCUUGUCCAAAUCCCUUGGACGUAAUCAUCGCAAAUUCGCCGUGACGAAGAAGGAGAUAGCGCGCCUGAAAAUUCUGAUGGGUUUUCACGAGAUUGCCCUCAAGGAAAUUUGUUCAGCUCUAAAAGUGCUGAGUCCCAAUGUUUCUCACUACUUGAAGGCGGACUUUUCGCUGAUAAGAAGUGAUGCUGAAAAGAAACUUGGACUGAAUAUGGCUCAAGAGCUGUCCUUAAAGAAAGCCGAAACUAUUUAUCGACAAACAUUUGGUGAUAAUCAUCCGAUGGUUGUGUUUACUCUGCAGAAACUGUGUACUUCAUAUUUAGAUUUAGAGAACCCCCAAAAAGCCCAUGAAUAUUUUAAAGCUAGUGAAAAAGCUUGUGAAGUGCUUAAAACGAAUCUUAAGGAGCAGCUUGAUAGCUGUCAGAGCAAUUUCCUCAAGAACUACAAUAUUAAUACACAUCCUAUUGUAAAGCGUCAGCAGUUACUAGCUAAGAGAGUCAUGCGUAAUCAAGGUGCAUGGUAAAUCAGUAGGAACUUUCGUAAGGGCGUAGCUAGGGGGGGGCUCCUGGGGUGCCCGUGACCCCCCUUUUGUGAGCCUUUUUUGGGCAGACAACCUACAACAGGUGGCGGAAACGUAAUGACAAUCUGGUGAGUACCCUCACUUUGACACAGUGUGACCCCCCCUUCGAAAAAUCCUGGCUACGCUCCUGUUUCGUACAAAGUAACCUAAACCGACGACUAAUUCCAAAAUGUUGUAAAAAGCUUUGUUGUAAUGCUUGUCACAUAAAAGUAAAACAAUAGCAAUAUACAGACAGUAACAAAGGAACUUUAGUUAUAAAAGUGUUGCUCUGCAGGGCUGUUUAAUCUGAGCAUGUACUCUGUUGUACAAAUAGCUUUUUGCUAUUUUUUUUUAAUCCGUACUCGUAGUGAAUAGAAAUACCACUCCAAGAAAUCUGGAGGUCUCCCAGACAAGUUUUCUUCUUUUUUCUUCAAUUUAUGGAGUACGAUUAAGAAAUAUUGUUACAUUUCAAUUCCCAAGAAGACUAAUGGAAGAAAAUUGACUGUUAUGGGACUUAACAAUCGUAAAAUUGUUCAACAAACUAGUGAUCGGGAGUAAACAGCUCGAAAACAGCUGCAACUUUCAAACGACAAUUUGGUCCACGUGUGAUCUUGCUAAAACGUGUGUUAUAGCCGCACAACUGUAGUUUUCUAGUUUAAUGGGAUUUGACAUUAUGUGAACUUUAAAUGAAGUACUAGAUAAGAAACUUUGUAUCUCGGAUGUAAGCACAUAGUUUUUGUCGUGUAGAGUUUUGGCUUUGUGAAAACUGGCUGUAUUACGGUCAAAAAGCUACAAAUAUUGUUGAGUUGAAGUAUCGGCAACAGCGCGAAGUUAACCCCUUCUAAAUAUGAACGCUCAUCAACUAUCAUCUCAUACAAAUCAAGAGCGUAAUCCCUAAUUAUUAAAUAUGAAACGGUAAAAGCUUCUUGGCCGCAGGGUUUUGCAACAUUGAUCAUACUUGUUCUCCUCGAGGCAGAAUUUAACCUUGCCAAGUGUUUUCAAUAAUAAAGUGUCAACAACUUUACUUUUUUAAUCAAACAAGGUUGUGCGUAUGAAUAUCCUUCAUUUUCAAGACAGAUUAUAAAUGAAAGCCCAGCUACCUUGAUGAUAUCACUAUCGCCGAUAGGCUCCAGGGGAAGAUUUAAACACUGUGGCAAACCAUUUUCACAGGGGUUUUAUCCGAGAGCUUCGUGAGUCCCUGCCGCAUGCGUAACGGUUUCUCGGUGACUACUUAAUGAAGAUAUUCAUAUUAACAAACGCAUUUAGUAUUUCUACACUUUAAAAUGCUAAUCUUUUUUAGUAUAAAUCUACUAACUUUCUAUCACGAGUGAUGUUCUUCUAUCCUGCAGUAGAUAAUGAGUAGCUUAGCAGUGUACAGUUGUUUACAAAAUGGCGGCAGCUUCUUUGCGCUUCGAAGAGUCUGUGAAGAGGAUUUAGAUAAUUUGCUAGUCGAGCCGAUUCCAGAGAAGAUAAAAGUUGUAACGGAAUAUAGAGUGACGAUUUGGAA